GCCUGCGUUCAAUAACACACGCACCCGUCUGUAAAAAAAAAAAAAAGAGAGAGAGAGAGAGAAGUCAGGGAGGCGAAUUAAAGCUCUGGAGUGGUCACAAGAAAUCCAAACUUGUAAAGGAGGACACAUUUAUAAACUUCGACAGAGAGCAAAAGGUGAUGGCAGUGGCAGUCUCCAGGGAUCUUACGGUUCAGGUGCUGGAGGAUGUGAAUGCUGCCAAGCUGACAGACAGACAGCAGGCUCUGCGCAAUGCCAUCCAGAGAGGAGAGCCCAAAUGUCUGGGGGUGAGUCAGGUGAUGCUGGGGCUGAUGGUCAUGUCCUACUCUAUUCCCCUGCACUUCACUGAGGUCACUGAGGUGGUCAGGCUGGGAGUUCCCUGGUGGAGUGGGCUGACGUUCAUCACAGCUGGAGUGGUCGCCAUCAUCUUGGACAAAAACUGCACUAUGAAGAUUCUGUGGGUGUGUUUGAUAGUAAGCGUGGUGUCCACUGGGCUGUCAGUGAUUGCUGUGAUCAUCUACUCUGUGGACAUGGACAAGAAUCCUGAGGCUCCCUGCAUCAAGAUGGUGUAUGACCAGUGUAACGAGGAUCACUACGCCUCGAGGGUGAGCAGAGGAGUGAAGUCAUCCCUCCUUCUCUUCACUCUGGCCCAGACAGUUAUCUCUGCCGUUCUCUGCUUCCUUCUCUUCAAACAGAGGCGCAGCUUCGGACAAUACUCUUCUCUCAAUCCAGCUGCUCCAUCAAGCCCGACAACACUCAUCCCUCCUGACAUGGACUGAUCAGUGGACCAGUUGUCACUGAGGUGGUGGUAACUGAUAACCUGUUGUUCAGACUGAAUGUUUCUGUCUACUUGUAUCUAUGACUUAUCCAGUGUUCUACCUGACCUGUCACCAGCUGAGGAACAUCUACUUUCAAAUUGUUUGUAUGAAUGUAUGUCUGACCUGAAUAUUAGAUCAAUGGUAGAUUUCAGCCCAAUGAUUCAAAACUUCAAUGAACAGAGAGCUUUAAUAAAAGAAAAUAAGAAAUGAAUGAGUGGAAGAAAAAAUAACUCUAAUGGAUCAGCAUAAUGGUUCAAUAUGACAUGAAUAAAGGAGAUGAAAGAAAGAAAUUCUAAUACAUGAACAGAUAAACAAAUUGUUCUCUCCUGUAGUAAAACUAUCACAAUACACUUUUGUGGCCAUUAAAUGUGAAAUGCAUCCUGAUGAUGGUAGCAAACGGUCUGGGUGGUACAGGAUGCACAGCGCAGAAGUGGUGCCAUUUUUGGUGACUGUGAGCUCACAGUGCACCUGGGGCAUAGAUGGAGACAAAUCUGUUAUACAGACAAAACAACUGGUUACAUAAGUAUUCUCCUCAUUUAUAAAACAUACAUUACAAUCUGCAUGGUAAAAUAUCAGUAUAAUCAUUAUUCAAUUCUUAAACCACUGGAAGGUGUUUGUCUAUGAACCACUUCCGUAGAAAAUAAGUUGUCCUGACUUUGACUCCCAGAUGAACAACCUCACUUUGUAUAACUUGUAUGGAAAAAAAUGAUUUGCUGCUGUACUUUGUGUACAACUACAGUAAACUCACUGCUCCUCAAUCCAAGGCUGGUGUAAAUCAGUGACUGAGUAUUUUUAAACUAGUUCCUCUGAACCAGUUGACCCAAGGAUUUAAUCAUUUCAGAUCAAACCAUUCAAAAUAUAAGCGUACAUAAUCAACACAAUGAAAUUCUGUCAAAGAUGUCUGUUUACUGUGUUAAAGAGAUAUCCAGUUAGCAUGCUAACCAGCUAGCCCCUGCCCAUCCUGUCUCCUAAUACCACUUUGUACCUCAAGAGGUGAUAAUCUGAUAGACACUGUAGUUUCAGCUGGGAGAUGUAAAAGCAGCCAGUUCACUACUUAGUCUUAUAAGUCGACAACUUCCAAAAUGUUUAGAAAGGAAAUAUUUUAACAUUUAUUUUACUUAACAGCAAAGUGUACAAGUGUCUGAAUUCAACUUUCUCUCUUUUAUUGAACUAAGAGGAGCUUCAUCGCCUUGUUAACUCAUCAGUUUCAUUCAAACUGGACAGAAACUGAAUCAAAGUCACCAGAACAGUCUUGGUUUGUCUUUCCAGUCACCUCUGGUUUGGUCCAAAUAAAUCCUCAGUUCACAGAGUUCCAUUCCGGUUUCUUCCGCUUUUUCCGUGAGGGUCGCGGUCAGUUCACACAGUAAGAUGUGAACGUAUUCCAGUUCUACAUGCUGUUUUGACAAGCUGCUGAUGUCUGACCCUCUCUCUCUGCCUCUUCAUGCCUCUUGUCCAUGAGUGCCCGGGGCUCUGGUCAGUGCAAUGGACAGCCUUUUUCGGAGGCUUUUCAGCCAAAUCAGCAUGUAGAAUCGGCGGCGCCUUGUCUGUAAGAUAAAUCAUUAUGAUUGGAUGUUCAGGUUAACAGUUCAGAACAGAAAACAGAAAUAGCAAAAGAAAGGAGAUGCCCCUUGAUUCUGUCACUGUCAUAUCCAUGAUAUCCCUUAUUAAGUGCACUUUCUCCUAAUUAUUUUCUCCUCAGCCUCUUUACCAGCAGCAUUUGCAACUUUAUUUCAACCAUAUUUUCCAUUAAGAGUAGCUUUAUUAGUGAGAGUGGUGUCAAAAUCAGUAUAUCAGCAGAGAGGUAUUACCUUUCACAGAUCUGCAGAACGAACAAGCUUUUUGGCUUGUGAGUUCAAGUGCAUCUUUUUAGUCAAGAUAAAGGAGUUGCAGUUUUGUUUUUUGUUUUUUUUCUUACAAUUGACACCUUUAAAGAGGCACUAUGUAGUUUUGGAGAAGAAAUUCAAAUAUUUUUUAAUAGUUGCAAUAUUAAAGAGAUAGUAAGACAAACUCAGAAAUAUUUAUAUUUUCCAUGAAUGAAUAAACAAGCUGUUGUCAGAGGAAAAUAAGGUCCCAGAACAUUGUUUGAAGCUGGAAAGAUGGCAGGGUCCAAUAAAUAUAAACAAAGGUUAACAGUAUAAAUUGUGUUGUCCUUUAAGCUCAAGUCAAAGUCCAGACUACCAUCAGCUCCAAAAUAUGUGGUCAACAUGUAAAAGGUUGUUCACUCACCGCCCUCAUGAACAAUUAAGCAGAUUGACCAUUAAUGGAGCCUCUUCUAAAUAUUGACCUGAAUGAGAGGAAUAAUAAUACAGUUAUUUUGUGUCUUUUCUUUAUUUGUACUUCUACCCACCAGAGUUGUACUAAUUGAUCAUAAAUGGCACUGCAGUGCAGAGAGAGAGAGUUUAUGUGAAGAAAAAACCACUUGUUACCCUCUCUGCUGCACACCACACAGACACUGAGCCCUCUGACUUCUCUUGAUAAUUGAUUUGAAAAUGUUUCUGCAGUCUUCUGAUUGUGUUUUUUUUUGUGUGUGGUUAAGGCACUAAAUAUACUUUAUUAACACAUACACUGUUUUUCUUUAUCCAGAAUGUUGACACUGUUAUAGAAGAUGUGUUCAUCCAUUUUGUACUAACUCUCUCAUAUAGCUGUGCUUAUUUUCUACCAAAUUUUUAAAAAUCACAUGUACAUAUAUAUGAAUUAAAGCUGUGGUCUAAUCAGAUACAUUUUGUAUCAUACAUUAUCUAGGAGUGUAUGGGUUUAUGGGAGUGAGCUGUCACAUGUUUCAGAGCUGUAUGGAACAAAUGGAAGCAUCAGAUGUUAGUCCUGUCAACUCUGCAUCAUUUGCUCCUUUGCAUGCAUGUCCUGAUUUUUUCCUAUUAAUUAUUACAGGUAAUUAGUUAUUACAGGAAUGUUGACAUCAACAACCUGUGUAUGUUUAAAAAGUCAUCAAAAUUCAAUCAAAUGAAGACACAGUUCACAAAUA